AUCUGGAAGUGAUUGAGCACCAGUGGAUUCUAGAGGGGGUCGAGGACCGACUCCUUGCGAAAAUGGCCGUCUAGGGAGCAAGGGAAGCGAGGUCUCGAAGGGGGUGCAGCACCACGUCUUCAGGAAUGAAUCGGGGACAUGGAACGCCCAGAACGGAACGCAAGCGACGUGCCACAGAGGAGGCCGUGCAAGCCGUGGUCAAGCGUUCAUCCCACGUCGAUGGAGAGAGCAUGUCAGGGAGUCAGAAAGUGCAGCCACAGAGGUGCCUGGAGGAGGCGUCGGCCGCGAUAGCCAAAUACUAUGACAGCUCUUUGACAGGCCGAGUGCAAUCCAGGGCGCUGGCUCGCUCAGAUGGCGAGCAUGGCUGGGUUCCGUGAUCAAGGAUGCGGGUGGGCGUGUGGCUGCCAUCUCGGGGCGAGUAUCAGCACUCGCCGGAGAGCCGCACGCAACAGAAGCGGUGGUUUCUGGCCACGCGCUGUCUCUAGACGCCCGCGUGCAUUCUCCACGCCCGCCGCUUCGGCUGCAGGGGCCGCAGUGCCCCGUGGAUGCAGGCCGGGUGGGUUUUGCGCCAUCAAUACGUGCGGCACAGCACCCAAGCACCGCCCCCAACUCCCCGUCCAGCAGCAUCGCGAGGAGUGGCACUGGGCGCCCGCGAUGGCCUUACGAGGCGUGGACGAGCGCGACAGCACGCGCCGGGCGUCUUCCAAGGCGUGUUCUGGCGCUCUCCGCCAUGUCUCGCGUCGUCUGCGACGGCCCAUCGACGUGCCGAUUCAACCUUCCGCGCUCCCGAUGCUUCCCUCUGGCUUGCGUCCAGGCCGCCGUGCAGAAGCGGACGCCCUCUUGGUGUUGUCGGGCCAGCUUCACCACGGAUCAUCGAGCCAACAGGGAGCGGCUGUCCCAGGCCUGGUCGAGUCGGCGCCUGAAUCGGGCGGUUGGAUGCCUUCCUUGCCAACUCUCCCCCUCCUCCAAUGAAGCACGUCCUCACCCCUCCUUCGUCUCCUUCAGCUCCUAAUCCUGCGGCUUCGUCGUCGCAGUCGUUCAAAUCGGGUACCCAUGGU